AUGGAGAAGAAGGCCCCUUUUUCCUUCGAGGUCCCGGGCAUGGAAAAAGUUGAAGGAGAAACGAUACCGCGCCGGAACAUCCGCUGCAAAGAUGGCCUCAUCACGCAGCCCGAUCCGUCGAUCAGCACGGUCUACGAUAUCGUGACCUACGCCGCCAAAAGGUUUGGGAAUGCCAAAUGUAUCGGAUCGAGAACCGUGCUCGACGUACACAAGGAGAAAAAGAUGGUCAAGAAGUUGGUCGAUGGUCGGGAGACCGAGGUUGAGAAGGAAUGGUCCUACUUUGAAUUAAGUCCUUACCAAUAUCUGUCCUUUGUUGAGUUUCAGAAGCUCGUCGGCACGCUGGGUGCGGGUUUGAAGAAACUCGGCUUGACCAAGGGCGACAAAAUCCAUCUCUACGGCGCGACGAGCAUGAACUGGCUCUCGAUGGCACACGGCGCUUUCACUCAGUCCUUUACGAUCGUCACUGCUUAUGACACUCUUGGUCUCGAGGGUCUGCAGUCGUCGCUCAAGCAGACCAAAUCGAAGACCGUGUUCCUAGACUCCGGCCUUCUGCCGAUCCUCAAGAACGCUUUGUCCGAGGCACCGGAAGUAGAGCAUAUUAUCUUGAACACCGAGUCCAAAGUGAACUUGGAGGAGCUAGAUAAACUCAAGGCGAAAUUCCCCAGCAUCCAGGUGAUCUCAUUCGAUGAACUCAAGACGCUGGGAGAAGAAAACCCGGCAGAGCAUGUUGUGCCGGGGCCGGACGACCUGGCCUGCGUGAUGUAUACCUCCGGGACCUCGGGCACGCCGAAAGGUGUGACCAUCAAGCAUAAGUCCGUCGUCGCCUCCGUUGCCGGUGCCAGUUCAAUUGUUGGCGACUAUAUAGGACCCGGCGAUAGUCUCCUGACCUACCUCCCGCAAGCUCACAUCAUCGAAUUCAUCUUUGAAAAUGCCGCCCUCUUCUGGGGCGCCACGAUGGGAUAUGGAUCCCCGAAGACCCUAACCGAUACCUCCGUCCGCAAAUGUAAGGGCGACAUCCUCGAAUUCCGCCCCAGCAUUCUCAUCGGCGUUCCUGCCGUCUGGGAGACCAUUCGCAAGGGGAUCGUGUCCAAGGUGAAUGGGGGUGGGUUGAUUGCCAGGAACCUAUUCUGGGCCGCUCUAUCACUGAAACAACUGUUGUUGUCCAGUGGCGUCCCUGGCGUCAAGCUGCUGGAUGCCAUCGUAUUUAACAAAGUCCGAGCGGCCACCGGUGGCAGACUUCGCAUCUGUAUGUCUGGCGGCGGUCCCCUUGCCAAGGACACCCAAAAGUUCAUUUCGACGGCUAUUUGCCCUCUCAUCAGUGGUUACGGACUGACCGAAACCGGCGGUAUGGGUGCGCUAAACGACCCUCGUGCUCUCACGUUCGAGGCCCACGGCGAUAUCCCCGCAUCUGUCGAGGAGAAACUGGUGGACUUCCCGGAAGCGGGGUAUUUCACUUCCAACGACCCCCCUCAAGGUGAACUGUGGAUCCGUGGUCCCUCGGUCACCGGGGGAUACUACAACAACGAAGAGGAGACGAAGGCCGCCCUGCGAGAGGAUGGAUGGUUCAUGACGGGCGAUAUCGCCGAGUUCGACAAGAACGGUCAUGUCAAGAUCAUCGAUCGCAAGAAGAACCUCGUUAAGACCUUGAACGGCGAAUACAUCGCCUUGGAGAAGCUAGAAUCCAUCUACCGUGCAUCGCCAUUGGUCGCUAACAUCUGCGUCUACGCGGCCCAAGAUCAGCCAAAGCCCGUCGCGAUCAUUGUUCCGGCCGAGCCGGCUUUGCUGAAGCUCGCCCAGACUAACGGCAUCACGGGCCAUGGCAUCGAGGAUCUUGUGGAGAACCCACAGAUCAACAGCCUUGUUCUGCGGGAACUCCAGAAGGCCGGCCGACAAGGCCAGUUGAGCAACCUCGAGAUCAUAGACGGAGUUGUUUUGGAUAAGGAUGAGUGGACGCCUCAGAACGGCUAUGUCACCGCCGCACAGAAGAUCCAGCGCAAGAAGAUCUUCGAGAAGAACAAAGAAGGCGUUGCCAAGGCGUACGGUCGGGGAUAG